AAUUUAAUGAAUUACCCCAAUUAUGAUUUAUUAUCCUACUUAAAACAAAAAGACUAAGCAAUCAGAAAUCAACUCAUUCCUAUUAGAGUUGAUUUUGAUGAAUACUAAGAGCAAAUUCUUAGAUAUUUUAGAACUAUAUUUGAAUAGACAGCCAAUCUUUCAUAAGAAUAAUAAUUAGAAAUUGAAAUAAAGAUAGGUACUUUCAUUGCUAAAGAAUAAAAUCAUUAAAAUAUGAUUGAUAAUUUUAAGUAUAUACACAUCUAAGCCUUCUAGAUUUGCAUCUAAAUAUCAUCAUAUUUUGAUAACACAAUUAGCGUAAUAUUAUACAUUUUAGCCUAAUUUUGCUCUUUUUCCAUAGACUAAAUGGGAUACUAAUUCCUUAUCAUAAAGCUAUAUUAGUUUAACUCAAUAUUUUAGAAAUCUAGAAAAAUAAAAAGAUGAGUUUGCCUCUUAAAUUUAUAGUUUGUAUAUUGAUCCUGAAAAAAUGUUACCUUCGUUGCGAUAAAAUUAUGGAUUACGAUUAGAUAUGCUUUUAUAAAAUGGUCAAAGAAUUUCUGUUUAUUUGAAUGGCAGAAAAGCUAUCAUUUAAAAAAAAAGAUUAGAAAAUUUAGAUAUUAUGAAAGAUAAUAUCCAAUAUAGAUUGUCUGCAAAUAUUGAAAAUAAAUUCAAUGUGCCUGUAGAUUUUGAUGACUUUAUUGAAAGAAAUAAAUUUAGAUCAAUUAGAUUUAAAUAAUAUUAAAUAAUAGAAUAUUAAUUUUUAGAGAUUAGUCUCAGCAGAGUCUUGACAGUUGAUACUUUUAACUUUUAAGAACUUAGAGGUUAAUUUAAAGAGAAUGGAUCAAUCUAAUGGAAAAAACUAUUAUAUCAUCUUUUAUCUAAAUUAUAUGAUGUGACUCCAGAACUUAAAUUUCCAUCAAUCAAAGAUAAUAUAAUUAAUAAUAUUAGAAGAUGUGAAAUUGAAUUUGAAAUUCAUGAUAUUAAUUUCUUCCGAUAAAAUUUAUCUGCAUUUGCUAGAAUGUAAAGAAAUGUAGAUUCUUUUUUCUAUUGUGAUAUUGUUUCAUCUGAUAUUCUCUACAGUUAAAUCUAAAAAAUACAUCCUGAUGCAGAUAGAAGAAAAUACUGCUCACCACUAAUUGGAAAUUAUUUACAGACAGUUUAUAGAGUUGCCAAUAAAUAUGUUUGAUAUAUUAUACAAAUAAAUAAUUAACAAUUCAAAG